AACGUAGGAUGGCCGGAUCAGCACAUCCUGGCCUUGGCCCCCCAGCCAUUUUACCGGGAACAUUGAAAAACCCCUGUCAGACAAACACCUCCACUAGUAAAACAAAUGACCUAUACUACUGCUAUCAAAACAACCGUACCUUGGCCACUGUAGUUUUAGAUAAACGAGUUUUUUCCAUAGGUGGUAGGUCCGCUAUGGACUGGGAUGGUUAUGCAUGGUAUUUAGACAGCAUCGGGUACAAGUUGGCUGGCCAUGAUUGGCAGCACGUGUUUUCCACCACUGAUAAGUCAUGGCCCCCACGGUCCUAUGGUACCAGUGACAGAGCUCGAGUUUGGAGAAAACAGGUACAGUUAACUAACAUGCACCAAAGCCUUAUAUUAUCUAUCAAUACUACCAUUCUCCCAUUUGGU